AUGGAACCAGCCAUGUGGCAAGAACAGCUCAAUGAGAAUUCUCUCAAUGCGCCUGAAGAAGAGUUCUCUAACUUGUUCGAGUUUAACAUGCCUUUUCCAGAAAUCGAGCACGGACCAGGGAAUAUGCAGCAUUCCCAUUCUUUACCAACCACCACCGGCCCGGACUCGGAUAUGGCUCACCUACGACAUCCCGUGCAGUAUUCGGGCCAGAUGGAGGGCCUCAUGGAUUUCAGUGAUAACACGCAGUCACAACAUAAUACCAACCCAAUGCCUUAUUCGACUCCCAGUAUGACUCCAGGCUUUUGCGCCCAGCCAUCGCCCAUGUCGCAACCGCCUACGCACCAACAUUACAUGCAGAACCACAACAUGAUACCUCCCACCCCUAACAGUAUCGAGAUGCAUGGCAAUAGCGCCCGAUACCCGCAGCGCGCGGACGAAACACCGGAUAUGUAUGACGGAUAUUCACGAAUUAACGAGGAACAGGCCCUCUACACUCCUCUUAUCUCACCGGCUAUGACGCCCCUGGAGAACCAAUUCCGACUCCCUGAAUACACAAUCCCUGGCGAAUACUUUACACCUCUUACUUCUCCCGCCCUGGAGGCCCAAAAUGCCGAAUCUAGCAGUUACCAGUACCAUGCAAGACAGGUAUCGGAUAUGGGAUUCGUUCCCACUACUGCGGAGGUGAACCCUCUUCCAGGAACCUCGGCUCCACCUUCUCCUAGCAUCAUUCGCAAGCCCAACACUCGUCACCGACAAUCAACGACCACUGCGCGACUCAAUAACACACGGAAGGUCAAACAAUCACCCAUCAUUCGGGCGCAGCGCAAACGCAGCACGUUGGCCACCAAUUCCGAGGAGUUCUAUAGUAGCCUUAGCCAGGAGUUGAACACUACAAAGCCGCAAAACCAGGACAUCCACUCACUUCGGCUCAGCAGCAAUGAGGGAUCUGGCCAGGACUCGGUAUCCCCCGAGCCGUUGUCAGAACCGUUGAUGCCCCCUCCCGCUCUCCCUCCUCCUCGGAUGUCUCCUGCAAUUACUCCCCAUGGUCAAGCUUCUUCUCCCGGAACUGCUGCAACCCCUGCGCUUUUGAUGCGCAUCCAGCGGAAUCAGCAUAUGCAAGAUCCCUCCGGCCAGUUCCGCGGUCAAGCGCAGCUCGCAGAGCCUGAAUUCCCAGAUGACAUAAUGGAGGAUAUCUCUCUUCCAGAGGCGGCUGCUCCUUCGCAGCUGCGUCCGAAACCCAACCGUAUCGAUACCGCUAUACGGACUCCGUCGAUCUCCACGAAUGGGACACCUUUCUUAGAUCCUUCGUCUGCCUCGUACGAUAAGCCCCGCAGUGCCUCUAUUGCCCCUAGUCCACGCACAGCUGCAAUGCCAUCACCCAGUGGGCCGGUGCCUCGGAAAUCGGAUUCUAGAACUGCGUCUAAUCGGAAACGACCUAGUAUGAGUUCCACUCAAGCCAGUCCACAGUUGCGGCCCAAGAUUAGUCCCAGCAUCCAGCCACUCAUGAAAGGCAGCGAGAGCAUGUCACAAGAUGCACUUUACCUUGCAUCAAAGUCCAACUACCAACACAUUCUCGAUGGCACUCUGCCAUCAGGUGUGAGCUAUCCAGAGACCCUGGCAGAGAAUCUGAGCUCCAAGCGGACGAAUCACAAACUUGCAGAGCAGGGACGCCGGAAUCGAAUCAACAAUGCGCUCAAGGAGAUUGAGCUUCUCAUUCCGCAAGAGUUCAUCGAAAUGCGAAACGCCAAGGAGGCGAAGGAAUCCGGUGGCAAGGUCAACGAGAAGGAAAAAGAGAAAGAAAAGGCUAACCAAACCAUCAGCAAGGCAACCGCUGUGGAGAUGGCCAUUGACUACAUCAAGGCCCUUAAGAUGACCUUGGACGAAACAACUGCCAAGUUGGCCGCCGCCGAGGCGAAGCUGUCAGGCGAGCCCUCGAAGGAGAGCUCAACCUCCACUUCCACCGCUCAAUCUGAGAAGACUCUAAACAGUGUCACCAACUCCGAGACGAAAAGUUCAGCCUGA